AUGGCUCUUUGUAUCCAGGGCAAUGAGGAAGGAAUGCAGCUGGUGACUGAAAUGGGCCAGACUUUCCGAGAUGUCCAUCUCAUUUGGCUAGGACCCGUCAUCCCUGUGCUGAGGCUUAUUGACCCUGCAUUUGUUGCCCCUCUGCUCCAGGCCCCAGCUUUGGUGGCCCCGAAGGACCCGACUUUCUUACACUUCCUGAAGCCCUGGCUUGGAGAUGGGCUAUUUCUGAGUUCUGGUGACAAGUGGAGCCGCCAUCGCCGUCUGCUGACACCUGCCUUCCAUUUUGACAUCCUGAAGCCCUAUGUGAAGAUUUUCAACCAGAGCGUAAACAUCAUGCACGCCAAGUGGAAGCACCUAUGCCUGGAAGGCAGUGCCCGUCUGGAAAUGUUUGAGAACAUCAGCCUCAUGACCCUGGACAGUCUGCUGAAAUGCCUCUUUGGCUUUGACAGCAACUGUCAGGAGUCUCCCAGUGAAUACAUUUCUGCCAUAUUGGAACUGAGCUCCCUCACCAUAAAAAGGUCAUAUAAGCUCUCCCUGUACCUGGACUUCCUGUAUUACCGCACUGCUGAUGGACAGCGCUUUCGCAAGGCUUGUGACCUGGUGCACAGCUUCACGGAUGCUGUCAUCAGGGAGAGACGUCGACUUCUCUCCAGCCAAGGCGUUGAUGAGUUCUUGGAGUCCAAGACUGAGUCUAAGUCUAAGACGUUGGACUUCAUCGAUGUGCUCUUGCUGGCCAAGGAUGAACAUGGAAAGGAGCUGUCAGAUGAGGACAUCCGGGCAGAGGCUGACACCUUCAUGUUUGGAGGCCAUGACACCACAGCCAGCGCACUCUCCUGGAUCCUGUACAACCUGGCAAGGCACCCGGAAUACCAGGAGCGCUGCCGUCAAGAGGUGCAGGAGCUGCUGAGGGACCGAGAGCCUGAGGAGAUUGAAUGGGACGACCUAGCCCAGCUACCCUUCCUGACCAUGUGCAUCAAGGAAAGUCUCCGGCUGCACCCCCCAGCUGUAGACCUCCUGCGCCGCUGCACCCAGGACAUUGUGCUACCUGAUGGCCGGGUUAUUCCUAAAGGGAACAUCUGUGUCAUCAGCAUCUUUGGUAUUCAUCACAAUCCUUCAGUGUGGCCAGACCCUGAGGUCUAUGACCCCUUCCGCUUUGACCCAGAAAAUCGUCAGAAGAAGUCACCUCUGUCUUUUAUUCCCUUCUCCGCAGGGCCCAGGAACUGCAUAGGACAGACUUUCGCUAUGAACGAGGUGAAGGUGGCACUGGCGCUGACGCUGCUCCGCUUCCGCGUCCUGCCGGAUGACAAGGAACCGCGCAGGAAGCCGGAACUGAUCCUGCGCGCGGAGGGCGGGCUGUGGCUGCGGGUGGAGCCGCUGAGCACAGACACUCAGUAAACCUGUGUAAACUCCCGGUCACUCUCCUCUGCACAAUUCAGAAAAAGUGGACCCUCACCGAGAGCCGGCAGGCGGCGCUGCAGAACAACAGACUCUGGUAGCCUGGCUAGGGCUGAUGUCUGAGUCCAAGAGCCUUUCUAGGUGACCCACAGGGCCCACAGACUGAUGAGAGUUGCACCCAAGCUCAAGAAAGGCCUUUAUUCUUUUGGCCAUAGGGAGGCACCAUAGAUCUUUAAGCAGGAGAGAUAUAAGGUUUACUGGCAGAUUUGAGGCAGUUUACUUCUUUCUUUGGUUUUUGAGGCAGGGUCUCAGCUUUCAGUGGAUACAGCAGGCUGGCCUUUAACUUGCAGCAAAUCUCUGGCCUGACCACCCGAGUGGCAGUUAGAAAGUGGGCCACUGUGCCUGUCAUAUCUGAAGGUAUUUUUUAUUAGAAUGAUGGGAAGUUUCCUAGGAGAGAAGUCUGAGAGCUCUUCAAAAUGAUGUUAAAUGAUGUCCAAGGCUUGUGAUGUCCAAGACCAUUGAGGCAGCUUGAAUUUGAAAUGACAUCACAUUGCAGGCUCCCUGCGUGGUGAUGUCCUUUCAGGUUCCCACUUGUUCUUCCUUGGGCUGGGGAGGUGGCUCAGUGGGGAGACAGGAGGAUCCCAGGGCCUCAGUGGCCAGCCAGUCCUGCUGAAUCAGAGCUCCAUGUUGUUAGAGACACUGUCUCAGGAAAUAAGGUGGAUAGUGAUGACUGAAGACACCUGAAUAAACCUCUGGCCUCCUCAUGA